GAUAAUUGCCAAAGGCUACCCAGUGCAUGAUGAAGUCAAGGAAAAGGUCGCCAUGCAGCUUAUAUCCGUGGGUGACUCCGAAAAACGUGUGGAAGUGUUACGCAAGUUCAGUAAAACUGCAGCCAAGAGACAGUUGGUGAAGACAGUUAUUGCGGAGUGCCGGACCUUGAGCAAAAACACCAACAUGGCCAUGAGCCUGCUUCAAGUGGCCACAUCAAAUGUGCACAAGAGUUUUUUGCGUGCUUAUGUGGCCAGCCUGGCAUCUUGUGUGAUGGGUGACUUGAGCCCCAAUGCCUGCCUCACCAAGCACCAUCAGGGCCGGCCCUUGGUGCUGUCUCCUAUGGCAGCUGCUGCUGCCAGACCACAGCCUCUUCCAGAUACAGUCUGCAAGCAGCUGGGAAUCUCCAACACCCAGCAGCAAAUAGUGCCUACCAUGGUGCACUACCGGAGCAUACUGCUGCCUUGGUACCACGGAGAAGACCAACAUCUCCUCCUGAGUGACCCUACAUUGCCAAAACACUUCAGCUGGACUCUCGAGAGGCUUGGUCUUGUGCCAAGCUUGCACCCAAAGAAAUGACAGUUUCGUGUAGACGCUGCUGCUAUGUGCGCUAUGGUAUAAGCGUGAUGUGUCAACCAGUGAUAUUGUGUGACAGGAACUCAAUAGUACUGUUAAUUUAUUAAUUCAAUUGCCUUACGUCAAGUGUGCUUUUAGAAGAGCAGUAAAAGCAGCACGUCACCAUGAAAUUGCUUGACUACUAUAUGUUUAUAUUACCAUUGUUCUACUGUUCGUAGGGCUGUAAUCACACAGCCCGGCCGCGGCAACCACAUUUUGAUGGAGGCAGAAUGCUAGAGGCCCGUGUACUUAUGUUUAGGUGCUUGUUAAAGAAGCCGAGGUGGUCGAAAUUUCCGGAGCCCUCCAUUACGACGACCCUCAUAAUAAUAUCGUGGUUUUGGAACGCAGAACCCUCAGAAUUAUUGUUAUUAUUACUCUAAUUACACAUCCAUCAUACACGUUGAAAUCAAGAGUUCGAUGGAAACCUGUCUUGUUGAUGAAACGUGAUGAAAAUAUACCGAGCAAAUAGAAGUUUAGAAGACGGUUCAACUUCCAUAGGGAAGCCUUGUUCACAAAAGUAUCACACCACUUGAUCAGUGGAAGUUGAAAUCGAACUAUGCAACAG